GUCCCCUCUGUGAGCCCAUUCCCCCCGUCAUGGAGAGCCAGAGAGUCCAGUCCUCCUACAGGAAGCGUUUCGGGCCUCAAGGCCCGGGCAGUGCAGGGGGAAGACUAUCGUCCAGCCGCCUCUCCUGGCAUGGAACCCCUCGAAACAUCUCCAUCUCCAGCCCCAUAUCCCGGACCUCCCUGGGCUCCUCUACCGCGGCCCUGCUGAUGGGGAGUCCAGGGGAUCGGCUGGACUUCUCCGCCGACUCCCUGCUGAAGGCCCAGUACAAGGAGACGCGCACCAAUGAGAAGAUGGAGAUGAUGGGCCUCAACGACCGCUUUGCCAGUUACAUCGAGAAGGUGCGCAUGCUGGAGCAGCAGAACAAAGUGUUGGUGGCAGAGCUGAACCAGCUGAGGGGGAAGGAGCCCAGUCGCCUUGGGGACAUCUACCAGGAUGAACUCAGGGAGCUGCGGCGGCAGGUGGACAACCUGACCACAGGCAAGGCUCGACUGGAGAUCGAGAGGGACAACCUGGCUGCAGAUCUGGCCACGCUUAAGCAGAGGCUGCAGGAUGAGAUUGUGCAGCGUCAGGAAGCAGAGAACAACUUGAACGCCUUUAGACAGGAUGUGGAUGAAGCAUCUCUCAGUCGUGUCCAGUUGGAGAGGAAGAUUGAAUCUCUUCAGGAUGAGAUCAACUUUUUGAAGAAAAUACACGAAGAGGAGCUGCGUGAGUCACAGGAGAAAGUCUUGGCCCAGCAAGUCCAUGUUGACCUGGAUGUUUCAAAACCAGACCUAACUGCUGCUCUGAGAGACAUUCGACUCCAAUAUGAAAACCUGGCCACCUCCAACAUGCAGGAGACAGAGGAGUGGUAUCGAUCCAAGUUUGCUGACCUGACAGAUGCAGCCAAUAGAAAUGGAGAAGCACUGCGCCAGGCCAAGCAAGAGGCCAAUGAGUACCGGCGUCAGAUCCAAGUGUUGACCUGUGACCUUGACGCUCUCCGCGGGACAAACGAAUCUCUGGAACGCCAGCUGCGGGAAAUGGAGGACCGCUGUGCCAUGGAGACAGCCGGUUACCAGGAUACGGUGAGCCGUCUGGAGGAAGAGAUCCAGGCACUGAAGGAGGAGAUGGCGAGGCAUCUGCAAGAAUACCAGGACCUGCUCAACGUCAAGCUGGCUCUGGACAUUGAGAUAGCCACUUACAGGAAAUUACUGGAAGGAGAGGAGAGCAGGAUCACCAUUCCAGUUCAGAGUUUUUCCAAUCUGCAGUUUAGAGAAACUAAUUUGGACUCUAAAACCCCAGAGGCUCAUGUGAAGAGGAGCAUCUUGGUUCGAACUGUGGAGACCAGAGACGGUGAGAUCAUUAAGGAAUCGACCACUGAGCACAAGGACAUUCCUUGAACUCUGCAUCUUUCCUCGUUCAUCCUCAGACUUUUGACGGAGGACUGUGAACGCUCAGCGUUGCAUAUUGUUGUUUAUCCUGACUCCAUAUCAUCUAGUUUUUGUCAUCCCCUCAACAUUUGCUGCUUUGUUUUUUUUAAUCAACCCUAGCAUAACCACCAAUGACAACUUAGUGUUUGAAACAUUGACUUUGUGCAGUCCAGUCAUUUUGAAUGAAGUGUGGUGCAUUCUAGUUUGAAAACAGGGAGGAAAAGGUUUUCCAUUUAGCUGCUUUGAAGGAGAUGUAGAGAUGUUGUCCUCUAACAUGUAGCACUGUGGACGUUGAUGUGUGGUUAAGUGUACGUGAAAUGUGGCGACAAGAAAGAGACAUUAAGAAAGAAAGAUAUGAGGAUGUUUCAGGAAGAUAAUGUAAGAUUGUUUCUCUAGAGUUCAUUUAUUUCAGUUUGCUACUAAAAUGUGAUUUUCUCUUUUGUUGUUUAGGCACUACAGAUGUUAGUUCCUAACUAGUGAGAGAACUGAGCUGUUUAAUGCUAAAGAGGAGGAUUUAACUUCUUCCAAACUGGAUCAAAAUCGUUGCAGCUCUAAUGUUAGUUGCUUGAGAAUACUCUUGACUCUGCAUCAGUUCCAACACCUUCUGGUAAAGACAUGAUCAGUUCUGGCACUGAAACGUGUGAGGAUGGGAUGAUAGGAGCAGACAGCGAGAGGUUGAAGGUGUGGAACGCUGACGCCACGUGUUCCCUGGAGCCACUAUCAGCCUCUCUGUUCCAAAAGAGUCAGCCAGUUCCCGCGGUGCUGGCCUGAUACUACAGACAGAGACAAGCGGAGAUCCGGCAGUCCAGAACCGGCCUCUGUUUUUACGUCUCUCUGAUGGAAGCAGCUCAAACCCUCAGAAACAUUCAGCCCAUGACUUUUGUUGAAAGUUGUGGCCGAAGCACAGCGGUUUCCAUGUCUGCCAAGCCUGUGCUCUUCACCAAGGACACUUUGUUCUUCUCACCUUCCAGCUUCCCUAAUUCCACUUUCCGUCUCUUUCCUCUUUUCUAUGACACUCCUCGAUCCUCUUGUCUUUUGAACAUGUUUUGACAGAAAUUGCAGCUGUAAAUAUAACAUGUUUUGACAGACAAAUAUAGCAUAUGUUUUGUGAUCCAUAAGGAUGUCAUUUAAACUACAAUUAAAGAUUUGGUUUGCUGGGGA